AUGACCCCAUCAGCUUUUUUCUAUGAGAAGUUCACCGACUUCCUAUUUCCUGGGUCGAUUCCGUUGCGAAAAGUGAAAUGGAAUUCCAAUCUUGAGCUUGACUGGCUAGGGAACUGGAAAAUCGUGCAAACGUCAUGGAAGACGCUUGGUGUGGAGAAAAUCGUUCCAGUGGAUAGACUCAUCAAGGGAAAGUUUCAGGACAAUUUCGAAUUUCUGCAAUGGUUCAAAAAGUUCUUUGAUGCUAAUUACGAUGGGCACGAGUAUAAUCCAUUGGAUGCACGUGGAGGUGAACCUUUGCCAGCGGACGCACCUGCUGGACCGGGAAAACCUGCGACAGCAACUCGAAUGCAGAUGCCCACACGAACUAACAGUACUGGAGUGACGUAG